AUGUUUUUAUUUCAGAAUCAAUCUCAGACGCUUCAAGAACAAGAGACUCUUCUGCUGUUCCUCCUCAUCCCUGUGGGUCACAGACGUCGUCCCUGCGGGUCAGAGACAUCGUCCCUGUGGGUCACAGACGUCGUCCCUGCGGGUCAGAGACAUCGUCUCUGUGGGUCACAGACUUCGUCCCUGCGGGUUACAGGCGUCAUCCCUGCGGGUCAGAGACGUCGUCCCUGCGGGUCAGAGACGUCGUCCCUGCGGGUCACAGACGUCGUCCCUGCGGGUCACAGACGUCGUCUCUGCGGGUCAGAGACGUCGUCCCUGCGGGUCACAGACGUCGUCUCUGCGGGUCACAGACGUCGUCCCUGCGGGUCACAGACGUCGUCUCUGCGGGUCACAGACGUCGUCCCUGCGGGUCACAGACGUCGUCCCUGCGGGUCAGAGACAUCGUCCCUGCGGGUCAGAGACAUCGUCCCUGCGGCGAACCACACGGUGAUGGAGGAGGUGAUUGAGGAGGUGAUGGAGGAGGUGAUGGAGGAGGUGAUGGUGGAGGUGAUGGUGGAGGUGAUGGAGGAGGUGAUGGAGGAGGUGAUGGAGGAGGUGCUGGUGGAGGUGAUGGUGGAGGUGAUGGAGGAGGUGAUGGAGGAGGUGAUGGAGGAGGUGUUGGAGGAGGUGCUGGUGGAGGUGAUGGUGGAGGUGAUGGAGGAGGUGAUGGAGGAGGUGAUGGAGGAGGUGAUGGAGGAGGUGAUGGAGGAGGUGAUGGAGGAGGUGCUGGUGGAGGUGAUGGUGGAGGUGAUGGAGGAGGUGAUGGAGGAGGUGAUGAAGGAGGUGAUGGAGGAGGUGAUGGAGGAGGUGAUGAGGAGGUGA